AGAAUGCCGCCGCCGAUGUUACAGAUCUGCGCUCCGGUCUUAGCUUUGCCUCGAAUGAGAAGGCCGCCGCUGAGAAGAUGAACAAGAUCCUGCAGCAGCAGAUCAACGAGGUGACCUCCAAGCUGACGAGGCCAACCGCACCUCAACGACUUCGACGCCUCCAAGAAGAAGCUCACCAUCGAGAACUCCGAGUACAGCCGCCAGCUGGAGGAGGCUGAGAGCCAGAUCUCGCAGCUCUCCAAGCUGAAGGUCUCGCUGACCACCCAGCUGGAGGACACUCGCCGCAUGGCCGACGAGGAGUCCCGCGAGCGGGCCACCAUCCUGGGCAAGUUCCGCAACCUCGAGCACGACCUGGACUCGAUGCGCGAACAGGUCGAGGAGGAGGCCGAGCACAAGGCUGACCUGCAGCGCCAGCUCAGCAAGGCCAACGCCGAGUCACAGAUGUGGCGCCAGAAGUACGAGCAGGACGGCCUCGCCAGGGCUGAGGAGCUGGAGGAGCACCGCCGCAAGCUGUCUGCCCGCCUGCAGGAGGCCGAGGAACAGCUCGAGUCGCUCAACGCCAAGAACAUCCAGCUGGAGAAGCUGAAGCAGCGCCUGAGCGGCGAGCUCGAGGACAUGCACAUGGAGGUCGACCGUGCCCAGCAGCUGGCCAACGCCAUGGAGAAGAAGGCCCGCAACUUCGACAAGAUCAUUGGCGAAUGGAAGAUGAAGGUGGAUGACCUCUCUGCCGAGCUGGACGCCUCGCAGAAGGAGUGCCGCAACUACAGCACUGAGCUCUUCCGCAUCAAGGCCGCCUUCGACGAGUCGCAGGAACAGCUCGACUCAGUGCGCCGCGAGAACAAGAACCUCGCCGACGAGAUCAAGGAUCUCAUGGACCAGAUCGGCGAGGGUGGCCGCAACGUGCACGAGAUCGAGAAGUCGCGCAAGCGGCUCGAGGUCGAGAAGGAGGAGCUGCAGGCCGCCCUGGAGGAG